AUUGAUCUCUUUCGUCUUACUGAUGAUGUCUCAUGGAUUGGCCAAGAAGAAACUAAGAGCAAGGAAACUUUGAGGACACUGAUACUAGAAGACAUGGAAGGACUUUAAUGAAACUUUCAACGGUUUGACAAAGGAUGCUCUAAUGGAUGACAGCGGUACUCCUGCACAGAAUCUGCUCAUUGAACCGCAAGGUGGGUGUCAUCCUGGUGACAAUGUGGAAAGGAGUGUCACACGCCUGCCUUCUGCAUCAGAUGAAAAUGAAAAUCAGCUCGAUGGGGAGGGAAAUGAACGUCUGACCAGCAGUGACAACGCGAUGGGAAAACCCGGAGUGUUUGAGCAGGACAGUCUGAACAAUAACGAAAGCUGCAUGCUGAGCUGUGAGGCAGCAGCAGGGGAGACCCUGGAAAACCCUGCUUGUGAAGAGCCCAACAAUGGACAGGCUUUCUUGGGGACGGACAAAAAAAUACCUGGAAAAAGAAGUGCAAGGAGCCAAAAAGGCACUGCUAAGAAGAUACCACCAGGACCCUCCUCAGGAGAUACUGCACUUUUAAUUCAAGAAAAAAUGCCAAGUGCAGCCACACGUGGUGUCGGUGAUGACGCUGCUGCUGAAGUGAAUGCGAACGAUCAACCAGACGCUCCGACGCUAGUUCUGCAAUCGUUGUUUUCACUCAUCCGAGGGGAAGUUGAGCAGCUGGAUUCACGAGCACUCCCACUGUGCCUUCAUCAGAUAGCAGAGUCCUAUUACCACGAAGAGGACUAUGAGAAAGCAAUGAAAUUCAUUCAGCUUGAAAGAUUGUAUCAUGAGCAAUUGCUCGCAAAUCUUUCUGCCAUUCAGGAGCAGUGGGAAACAAAAUGGAAAACUGUACAACCACAUACAGUUACAUCCCUAAGGAAUUCGGAAAAAGGAUUCAAUGGUGAAGAUUUUGACCGGCUUACCAAAAUUUGCACAACGCAUCACGACCCCCUUUUAUCCAAGCAUAAGAUAGGAGCUGUAGAAAAGUCCCUGGGAAGGAAGUGCUGCACUCAGUUAAUAGCGUCUGAAGAUCCGAAGGAAAGCGGAGCCGCAGCCAAAGAAUCAGAGAGUGAAUCUUGUCUUGGCACAGAACCAAGCAGAGAAAGCCAACAUAAAGAAGAGCCCCCGGGGGACAGUCCCUCCUGUAAUCAGAUGGAGGGACAGGCAGCUUCCCCAAGCCCUGCGGUCACUGCAGGGACGGACCACACGGCGGAGCUGCUCCGCAGCACUGAGGCCACCCCGGAGCUCCACGCCCAGUCCUCAGAGACGGUGGCUGGGAGCGGGUCUGGGCCAGGCUCUUCCGAGAAUGCUUGUGAUGAUGACAGCCACUUGCCGCCAGCUCAAACAGAGACCUGCCAGAAUUUAGCCAAAAUAGAGGGCAUUGCCGAGAACCCUAAGGGAUUGCCUUCCAGUGGGUCAGUGACAGAACCAUUGAUUUUACCAGGCUGUGAUCACAUACUUCCCACAUCGAUUCCUGAAGGUAAAAAUCCACAGGCUCAAAGAAAAGAACUCCGCUUGCCACUUCAGGAUGCUUCUGAGGCGUUGCCCACAGACCAACUUGAGAACAGUGAAUUAAAUGAGCUGCGGCAGCCUGAUCUUACAGACAGUGAUGGAAAAUCACUACGGGGGCAGGCUGACUCAGAGGCUUCUGAGAAUGUACUUUGUGAAAAUAAUAAAAUAUCUGACUUAAGUACACCGCGUCCAGAGGUGUAUAUGGCCCCAGAGGAAAAGGGAGAUAAGGACGAGCAACUCAGUAAAGAGACAGAAGACUACUUGAACAGCCUGCUGGAAGGAUGCUUAAAGGAUACCGAAGAUUCUCUCUUGUACGAAGAGGAAGAUUCUGAUCUCCUUCAAGAUCUUUCUCCCGAAGAAGCAUCCUACAGUCUACAGGAGAAUCUGCCUUCUGAUGACAGUUGUCUUUCUCUUGAUGAUCUUGCCAAAAGGAUAGAGAUUGCAGAGGUUGUUCCUGCUGAAGGCUUAGUCUCGAUAUUAAAGAAGAGAAAUGAUACUGUAGGAGAUCAUCCUGCCCAAAUGCAACAGAAACCAUCUAAGCGAAGAGUGAGAUUCCAAGAAAUAGACGAUACCUUGGAUCAAGAUGAAGUUGGAGGUGGCUCCUGUAUUUUACUGAUCUUGCUGUGCAUAGCAACGGUUUUGCUUAGUGUUGGAGGAACUGCACUAUACUGCACUUUUGGUGACAUGGAGUCACCAGUUUGUACAGACUUUGCAGACAACAUGGAUUUCUAUUACACUAAGUUACUGCAGGGAAUGGCGGAACUGAAACACUGGAUCUACCUCUCCUAGCAGCGUUCGACAAAGGCAGGCGUCCUGGCAGUGAGAAUGAAAAGAUGUGAAACUUUAUUUCUAGAGUUCUGUUAUAUUUCCCCCUUCCUCCGGUAGUGAACCAAGGACAUAAGCAACAGCAGCUUUAAAUGGCAAGCCAGAAGAACUCCCUUAGAAUGGUCCGUGUAGUGAGGCAGAUACUGAUCUCGAGUAGAUGGAACCAAUGAUCUUUGGAGGGCGUAUCUGCCUGAGCGCUGGGCAGAAUGAAACAGGGUAGGGUUGGAACCACACUAGUUUCACCUACCUUGUCAAGCCGGUGCUCAAAGCGCACUUUUGGUUUCCAUUUGUUGGUCCACAGACAUUGCUUCCAGCUACCAUGCAAUAAGUUUGUAUAUAAUCAAAAGGAGUUACUUCCAUGAUUUCAGUGUCAUUUUUUAGGUCAUUUUGGAAGCUGUGUAAUUUACGCUUUGUGCAUUCUUUCCGGAUUCUUUAUCCAUUUAUGGAAUGGUGUGUAUGGGUGUGCAUAUGUGUGUUUCAGGCAGAAUGAUAAGCAAAUACCCAAGAUAAAGCAACAAAGAUUAUUUUUAUUCUUUUAACUUGACGAUGAUGUGCAGGCACAAAUCUUCGAAGAAGGCUUAACUGUGGGAUAAAUGAAUUAUAGAAAUCUUGACUCUGAAAUGAGAAACUGUGACUGAUCUGUGGCAAUUAACUUGAUUAACUAGCAAAAUAUUAAUCAGAGGCCUGGAGGCAAAAUGAAAGAGCUCCCCCUGAGUCUUAGGCAACGGUUUUAUCAUGGAUUCAGUGCUUCCUGAAAUGAUGAAUGUUGGACUCAACUCAAUUCAGCUUUUAUUGAGCACCUAUUAUGAGAAUCUAAGAACCAGAAUAUAAGCAUAAAUAGAUUAUAGUUCCUACUAUAGAUAUUUUGAUUUGGUCUUACAUGAAAUGAACCAAUACUUUGGCAAAUGAAAUCAUCAUGUAUAAUUCAGUGUUACAGAUCAUGCAUUCAGGUAUUUGAACGUGCAUUCGUAUCGUGGGGUUGAUUUAGAACCUAUCGUGGGGUUGAUUUAGACCCUAUCGUGGGGUCAUGAAGCAAAAAUCCAAUCAUGCCUUCAGUAGGCAGAUGUCUAGUUUUUGUUUAAAUCCGUCAGUAAGGUGGUCUUCCCUUACCUAAAGUACAGUGGUCUACCAUUAGGAAGCCUUGCUUUGACUUUUUAUCAGGUAGCAUUUUAAAAGAGCAAACAUGAAUUACGGUUUUUUAGCAAGUGAUCAUUAUUUCCUGGUUUCUGUUAGCCUCAUUUGAAAGAAAAAGGGAGAAAUUACUCUCUACUUGUUACUGGCUGGUACAGUACCUCCCUUUGUUUCAGCUUAUUUAUUUAGAUGAUAUGAAUUUUAAAGGGCUUUUUAUAUAUAAGUUGAAUGUGUGUUGCUAAGCAUGCAUCCGGCUACCCCAAUGCUAGGGUUUAAUUACUGUGUACUUAGCGUCUCGGUUUUGUAUUUUUCAGUUCAGUGUGUUUUUAGGCUUAUUUUUAAAUUGGUGUUUUAUUUUCACUUGUAAUACUGUUUGACUUGUCUCUAUCG